UGAUAUUCCUUUACCACGCACCGUUUCACCGAACAAAUCACGAGCCGUCUUCAAAGUCUUUCGUUUCAAUAAACCCUAGUCCUCUCUCUCUCUCUCUCUCGUUCGUUUGCUUGUAUUAUCUGGAACCGGGGAUCGAAUCGUAGAGAAUGACUGGGCUAACCUGCAACUCCUGCAACAAAGAGUUCGCGGACGAUGCGGAGCAAAAGCUACAUUACAAGUCCGAAUGGCACCGCUACAAUCUUAAGCGCAAGGUCGCUGGGGUUCCUGGAGUGACUGAAGCACUAUUUCUAGGUAGACAAGCUGUGCUUGCUCAAGAGAGAGGCCGGUCAAACGAAACACCUAUGCUCUAUAGUUGUGGUCUUUGUGGGAAAGGAUAUAGAAGUUCCAAGGCUCAUGCUCAGCAUCUAAAAUCUCGAAGUCACAUCAUGCGGGUGUCUGAAGGAACAAGCCAUGAAGAAGAGAAGGCGAUAAUUAAGCCACUUUCCCGUCGUGUUGUGAGUAAACCACCCCAACAAGUAGACAAGGAAGAAAGUGAAGAUGAGUGGGAGGAGGUAGAUCCUGAAGAAGACUUGGUUGGUGAGGCAACAAAGUCCUUAACUGAAUUGAAUGUACAUGAGCAUGCCACCGAUGUUGAUAUGGAUGAUGAUGAGGAUGGCAGUGAUGAGUAUGAGGAAUUGGAUCCAUCUUCUUGUUUUAUGUGUGAUCUAGAGCAUGAUACCAUAGAGAACUGUAUGGUUCACAUGCACAAGCAGCAUGGGUUCUUCAUUCCGGAUAUCGAGUAUCUGAAGGAUCCAAAAGGGCUCCUUACUUAUCUUGGGCUUAAGGUUAAGAGAGAUUUCAUGUGUCUGUACUGCAAUGAGCGCUGUCACCCUUUUAACAGUUUGGAAGCAGUUAGGAAGCAUAUGGUGGCAAAAAGUCAUUGCAGAGUACAUUAUGGCGAUGGUGAUGAGGAAGAGGAGGCAGAGUUGGAAGAAUUCUAUGAUUAUAGCAGCAGUUAUGUGGAUGGGGAUGGCAAGCAACUGGUUGCAUCGAGUGAUAUGGACAACACAGUAGAACUUGGGAUUGGUGGAGCUGAGCUCAUUAUAACCAGAAGAUCUGAAAAGGGUAUAUCAACUAAAAGCAUUGGUUCCCGGGAAUAUUUACGUUACUAUCGUCAGAAACCACGCCCUUCACCUAUGAACAAUGCAGCUAUUACCGCGGCACUGGCAUCGAGGUACAGGAGCAUGGGAUUGGCUACUGUGCAGUCAAGAGAGCAGUUGGUGAGGAUGAAAGUGAUGAAGCAAAUGAAUAGAUCAGGAGUGGAGGCCAUGCGCACGAAGAGUGGGAUGAAGAGCAACGUCAUUCGGAACCUGCCUAAGAAUGUCCCGCACUAGUAGUUCUACAAUAUACCUAUAAUACCUUUCGUUGUUACCUAUUAAAAAAAAAAAUUUUGGAAGGCAUAUGUGAUAGUAGCCCGAAUUCCGUUGAAAUAAGUAUCGUAUAACUUUGCACA